AUGGGAACCGAUCGAGAAAGUACACAGACAAAGCGAGGCGGCCAAGGUCUUCAUGACGACAACACCAAUAUCGUCACGAUGGAGCGCAACCAGUCGGGAUCAGAUCAGACGGCAAAGGCGGCUGGGCUGCUGAAGCCAGCGAUUCAGAAGAGAACAGGACCCUACUCGGAAGCGACCAGGGUCAAGUCUGAGACGAACGCCAAUGAAAAAUCAGAUGUGGACACGAACACCGACGCAUCUUCUGACCAACGACUCAACCUCAGUAUCAUAGCCGAUGACAUCAUCCCUGAACGCCGUGGCAUUGCGUGGACAAGACCAAAGGCGGAAGACAUCACCAGGGAAACCCAUAGCCUUCACAACGAGAUCGCCUGUAUGUCAGAGGAGCCACUGGGCCCGGAUCUGGACAUCGCACUCCAACUUGCGGCAAUAAAUCCUUCAGCAAAAGAAAGGAAGGACAUCAUGGCGCCCUUUAUGGAUAACCUGCAAAAGGAGCACUGUCUGCGACGUUUCGUCGUGCGCCACGUCAUUGAUGAGGAGGGACGGUCAACGCUGGAGACUCGGGCGACGGAAGUCAACAUGAUGAUUGCGAUUCACAAAGCGACCGGACGCAUUCCACAGGAGCGUAACGACUUUCUGGGCAAGUUAGCAGAACAAAAGACAAGAGAAGCCGCCUGGUCCGCCACAGCACAUUUCCUGAAUGGUCCUGCCGCUUAUGAAAAGGCGCGCCUUAUCAAGCUCUAUGACACACUCUACACCUUCGAGAAGCAAGACGGAAAUGCGCUGAAACGCGUCCAGGAUGCGCACAUCUUGAAAAGAUUGUGA